AUGUAUUCCGAGAGAGAUCAUAAAACUCUGGUGGCGCUCCUCCGCGGCCAAGUAUCCGCUAACACUCUCAAGGCUCUUAUCGCAAACCGCGAAAUAAGUUCAGCUUCAACAGAGCCACUCAUCAACACCAUUCUCGAUUCUUUCUCACUUGCUCUUUCUUUCAUGGAUUCUCCUACUCCUCUGCCACACCAUGAGUCUUUUACUCAAAACAUGGCCGGUCCUGUCUCCGGAAUAUCAUCACUAAAGAAAAAGAUUUGUCAAGCACAAGUCAUAGAGCAUUACAUAGACGAUUCCCCAACUCCACUCCUCGACGACGGCUUCUCCUGGAGGAAAUAUGGACAAAAAACCAUCAAAACAUCUCCGCACCAAAGGUGUUACUUUCGGUGUACCUAUGCGAAAGAAAAAAAUUGCAAAGCCGCAAAGCGGGUGCAGAAGAUCAAAGACAAUCCUCCAGUGUACCGGACCACUUAUGUAGGAAAACAUACGUGUGAAGCUCCGGCUUUUGCAGUCUUUACGAAUAACGAAGAUACAUACGGUUCCAAAAUGAUCGAGUUCGAUAAAUGCGACCAUGUUAUGUCCGAGUCAGUUACGCCUCAAGUCGCAUCAAUUGAUCACCAAGCAGUUGCCAUGGAGGACAAAGCCACGGACCAUAUCAUGAACCAAGAAUGUGAUGAUAACGAAUUUUUGGUGGAUGUUGACAACUUAUGGGCGUGUUAUUUUCCCCCAUUGUCACCAGGAGACCUCAUGUUCUUCGAUAACACUUAA